AUGAAAGACCUGAAGCCAGAGAACAUCCUAUUGGACAGUGGAGGUCAUGUGGUUCUGACAGAUUUUGGGCUGUGUAAAGAGGGCGUGUCUGUGGUGUGUUUCUCUUUCUCUUCUCUUUCAGCUACUUUUCAACUAGCAUAUUCCAUCCACUGCACACUUAUCUGGCUCCCUCUCUCCUCUUCUUUUCUCUYUCUCUCUCUUCCUCAGCCCCCAUUCUACAGUCGCAGUAAGGCYGAGAWGUUUGAGAACAUCCUUCACGCCCCCCUGCAGCUCCAUAGAAGUGUGUCCCAGUCUGCCCGGUCUCUGCUGCAGGGYCUGCUGGAGAGAGACUGUACCAAACGCCUUAGGGGGGAACAGGACCUUGCUGAGCUGCAGGGCCACACCUUCUUCCUGUCCAUCAACUGGGAUGACCUGCUAGCCAGGAAAGUCCCUCCCCCAUUCAUUCCCAACCUGUCUGGUCCGUGUGAUGUGCGGUAUUUUGACCCGGAGUUCACGCUUCUCCCAGUCCCCGCCUCCCUCGGUUUGAGUGACAUGUUGGGAGACGUGGCCAAUGGAGCCUUCCCAGGGUUCUCCUAUAUGCCUCCGGCUGAGGUUGGAGUCACGGAGCCCUGA